CCACCGCUUGUUUUGUCCUGUUUUUUCUUUUUCUCUGUUUCUACGAGAAAAUUCAGUGUCUUCAGUAACCAAAAACGAUUUUAGAGACGGAGAAAUAGAGAGCUGUUCUUGUUCUGUAACUCCUUCGAUCGAUUAGAUAAAACUCGAAUGAGUAUUUGAUUCGUAGAACAUAUGGAGAUAUCGUCUUCGUCCCAACGUUUCGGUUGUAUCCUUAGAGAUCGUAAUCAAAACGCUUUCGUUUGCAAGAGGAAUAUGAAAGCUCCCGUGAAAGACCGCCAUCAUCAUCAUCAUCACGAGCUCUUUAAAUCUCACGUCUCCGACGAGAAUUCCGAGAACUUGGUCGAUUCUUGGAUCGAGACUCUUAAUAAAAAGAACGAUAGCAACAAUGAUGAUAUUGUUCGGUUAACGGGAAAACCAACCGUUAGAAAGUCGCGUGUUAUUGCAUCUCCCGUAGAAGAAUAUGUUUCGAGGAAGGAGAAAUGUGAUGAUUCGAAGAGGAACGGAGCUUCUUCUUUGGUACAGAUAUGGGAGGCGAGGCUAAACCCAUCCAGCGGCGGAAACUCGCCGAGCCAUAACCAAUCCACGGUGGCUAGUAGUAUCCGGGGCGAUUCAGGAGUCACUGUUCAAGAUUCCUGUUUUUCAGAAUCUCCGUCUGAUGAAUCGGACGCUGAGAAUGGUCAUGUGGAGAUGGAGUCACAUGGUUCGGUUUCUGAUUCCGGUCGAGUCGCUGACUUAAUUAGGAGGCUUAGCAAUGAAAAGAAGCUAAUCGCCGGCGGGGGUGGACUCUCGACUAUCAAAACGCCGAGACCUUACAUUUCAUCCUGCUCGUCGUCGGAGAAAAGCAGUUUUCCGAUGGUUAGUUGCUCGCCGAGACUCCGAGGACGACAAGCGUUCACUGAUCUGCUUAUGCGAAUGGAACGGGAUCGCCACCGCGAAUUGGAUUCGCUUCAUCAACGCAACGCAGUUUCUAGGUUUACUCAGCGUGGCCGCCUCCAGUCAAUGCUAAGGCUAAGGAACCUCAAACGCUGUCUACCAAUUCAAGAUCAAUACCGGUCUAACGAAAAAACGACCAGAUUGAACCGUAUUGAAUCAGGCCCUGCAGUUCUACGUUUAAGGGAGAAAUUUCGUGCUAACGCAGUCAACGCUGCGGCUGCACCUGCAGCAGAUCAGAGGAAGGAUCAUCAUCAAUCCGCUGAUACGAGUAAAGAGACAGAAGCAGCUACAGAGGGGACAAGGUUGAAGAAAGGCGGUAUUAAUCAAGAAGCUUCUUUCGCUGCAGCAGACGCAAGGUUAUGUAAGGAAGAAGAAACUGUAAAUGGAACAGUUGAAGCAAACGUGGAUUGCCUUGAGCUGCAAGAAACAGGAGGUGCAAAGACUUGGAAUGACAACAAGUUCGAAGAUAAAGAGGAAAAAACAAGUCAGAUCGAAACUCCAGAAUCAAUCCAGAAUAAACUUGAGAUCAAAAUGGAAAAUUGUGUGCAAGAAGCUCCAGAGACGCAAGGUGUGGUACAUGAGAGUAACGAGAUGGACCAGUGCCUUGAGCAACAAGAAAAUUCUUAUCUGAAUGAAUGGGAAGAUCAAGAAGAGUAUGAAGAGGAGCAGUAUUAUUACGGAGAAGCGAACAACAACGACUGGCUUAGCGAAAUAUCACGGCCGAAAAGUUACUGGGAGGAACUGAGGAAGUCGCGGUACCUGGAAGUAAUGAACACUCCGUCUGAUAAAGAGGACAUACGCAGACUCCUUGAGCGAAGAACGGUAACAGACUUUCUUGAGAGCGGGUUAAGAGAGGAGAUCGAUAGGCUCAUGAUGUCCCGUGUGCAGACACACUCGAGUAAACACUCUGAAAAAUGGGAACAUGAACAAGAAGAAGAGGAAGAACAGAACAAUGAAGUUGUGGAAGAAGUUGAUGAAGAAGAAGAAGAGCCAUUAACAGAAGGCGAAGAGCAAGACGAUAGAGAUGACUCUAGCCGAGCUUCUUCCCAUAUUUUUGCAUCGUCUCAUGCGGGAUCAUGGAGUUCGCAAGACACUGAAGUAACUUCUUCCACUCCUGUCUUGUCUGUCCAUAAUCCUCGUUCACCCGAAAUGGAGCUUAUAAGUGACAUGAGAGCACAGAUCCAACAGCUUCACCAAGAAAUGUCGUUACUGCGAGACUCUGUCAAGACAUGUUUGGAUGCUAACGGGAGCUUGCAACAGUCAUUCCACGGAGAAAACCAAAUGAAACGCAAAUGCUGCGUCUGCGACCAAACGCAGGUCGAAGCGGUUUUGUAUAUGUGCGGACAUAUGUGCACGUGCUUAAAAUGUGCCAAUGAACUACACUGGAGUGGAGGGAAAUGCCCGAUUUGUCGAGCUCAGAUUAUGGACGUUGUUCGUGUCUUCUUCGAUACAAGAAACUGAAGUAAAAAAAGGGUUCCUAAACGCAUGACGAGUCCACUAACCCCAUAGGCCCUAUGUUUUUCUUAUCGCGUUUGCGUUAUUUGGCGUUUUGGGUCUUAAUAUCGUAAUGUUCUCUUAAUAUUAGGUUAAUGUUACCAACAUUGUAACGAAAGGUUUUGUUUAGUUUUAUAAAGUUUUUGA